AUGGCCGCGAAGUCGGAUGGAAGCGCCACCGCGGCCGGCCCGGGCCCGGAGGGGGUGGCUGGCGGGGCCCGGGCCGGCUCGGGGCCUCCGGGGCUCUGGGGACUGGGGCUGGCUGGGGCGGGGCUGCUGUCGGUGGGGGGACAGCGGCCCCGCUACAGCCUGUGGGACUGUUGCUGGGCGCUGUGCGCGCUGCUAGUCUUCUUCUCCGACGGGGCCACCGACCUGUGGCUGGCGGCUGACUAUUACCUCCAGGGCCAGCACAUCUGGUUCAGCCUCACGCUGCUUUUCGCUUUGCUGCCCUCCCUCGUGGUGCAGCUGCUCAGCUUCCGAUGGUUCGUCUAUGACUACUCAUCUGCCGGAGCUGGGCCAGGUGCAGCCGCUGCCGCCUUCAGCACCAAGGACAGCACCAGCGCUAGCGUCAGCGCCAGCGCCGCCUUCAGCACGAAGGACAGCGGUCCCAGUCCGGGUCCUGCCGUGCCCGCCCCUCCCUCUCUAUCUGGCGCCCGACGUCCUCACCGCCGCUGCUGCCGCCUCUGCGUCUGGCUCCUACAGUCGCUAGUUCAUGUCCUGCAGCUCGGUCAGGUCUGGAGGUACCUCCGGGCCAUGUACCUGGGUCUGCAGAGCCGCUGGCAUGGGGAGCAACUGAGGCGCCACUUUUACUGGCUCAUGAUGUUCGAGAGCGCCGACAUCAGUAUGCUGCGCCUGCUGGAGGCCUUCCUGAAGAGCGCCCCGCAACUUGUGCUACAGCUCAGCAUCAUGGUCCUCCAGGAACACAUCGAGGCCCUGCAGGGUCUCUCAGCCUCAGCCUCACUGGUGUCACUGGCCUGGAUAAUCGCUUCUUAUCAGAAGGUGCUUCGGGACUCGAGGGACGACAAGCGUGCCAUGUCCUACAAGGGGGCGAUAGUCCAGAUCCUCUGGCACCUCUUUACCAUAGCCGCUCGAGUCUUGGCCUUUGCACUCUUUGCCAGCGUCUACCAGCUCUACUUUGGCAUCUUUAUUGUCGCCCACUGGUGUGUUAUGACCUUCUGGGUCAUCCAAGGGGAGACAGACUUCUGCAUGUCCAAGUGGGAGGAGAUCAUCUACAACAUGGUGGUGGGCAUCAUCUACAUUUUUUGCUGGUUCAACGUCAAGGAGGGACGCAGCCGCUGCCGGAUGUCCAUCUACUACUGUAUUGUCCUGGUGGAGAAUGUUGCCCUGACUGGCUUCUGGUACCACAACCACAACUUCCCCACUGACUUCAGCGCCUUAAUCAUGGUGUGCGUGGUGGCUGCUAGUUUUGCCCUGGGCAUCUUUUUCAUGCUUGUCUAUUACUGCCUCCUGCACCCUAAUGGGCCCAUGUUUGGUCCCCAGGCUCCCAGGGGCGUCUUUCCUGAGGCUGUGGGUGCUGGCCCUUCUGGUCCCUCUGCUGAUGCAGUUACCAGCCCCCCACGGUCUCUGCCCCGGACUACAGGUGGAGAGCGAGAUGGGGUCCCUGGAGACCGGGACAGUGGUGCACCAGCUGUGUUCCAGGUCCGACCCAGCCUCCCAGUCACGCCAGUGGCCCGUACCUCCCGGACAGAGGGGCCUGUGAUCCGAAUAGACCUGCCCCGAAAAAAGUAUCCAGCAUGGGAUGCCCACUUUAUAGACCGUCGGCUUCGUAAGACCAUUCUGGCACUUGAGUAUUCAUCCCCAGCUACCCCUCGCUUGCAAUACCGAAGCAUGGGGGCCUCCCGGGAGCUACUGGAAUAUGAGACCACAGUGUAGGCUGCUCCACAACCAUCAGGGUUAGGGGACAAGGGGUAUGGCAGCUCCGCUCCCCUAAACCAGUCAGUGUUGAGCUUAGAGUUUUUAAGGGCCAUUGAAUGUCUAAGGAUGGCUAGGUCUCUUGGGCCAAGGGUGGCAGAGAGGGGAACAUGAUGACCCCAGCCAAUGGAAAUCCUCCUCUCCUUUUCUUUGCAAUUUUUUGGGUGAGUUCAUUGGCACUGAUACGCUGGCCCGUGUAGCUCCCAUACACAGUCCAUCCAACUCCCUGGGAUCCAGGGAAUUAACUGGUGCUAAACUUCCCCACCAGGCUCAGAGUCUUCUCUUCUAUAUGGCAUUUCCUGCCCACCACCAAUGCCAUCACCUCUGAUGAACUAAGGCAGAGAGGCUGUGGGUUCCAUUAGUUGAAUUACCACUCUCUGUAGGGUAUCGCGGUUACCUAAAGGACCAAGGCACCAUGGUCUAGAGGAAAGAGGACUGGAUUUGAAGUUGAGUCAUUGGACAAGUCAUGUCCUCUCUCUGGAUCCCAGUUUUCUCUACUAUAAAAUGAGAAGGUUUGACCAGAUGAUCCUUCCAGCUAUGACAACCUUUGAGUGUCUAUGAUCUGGAUAUGGUAACAUAUGACAUCUUGACCUCCAAGGCACCACAGGGUGUCUGGGCUGAGCUGAACUCCCGAGGUUAAGGGUGCUAGCCAGGAUCUGGUUUGGAGAGUCUAGGUUUGGAGUUGUUCAAGGCCAAGCUCCUAGAUAUGGAGAAGUUAAGGCUUUGGGAUCAUAGGAUUUAGAGGAAUCAUCUAGUCAACCACUUCAUUUUACAGACAAGGGAAAUGAAACCCAGAGAAGGGAGGUUACCCACCCAGGGUCCUACUAGAAUGAAAUAGUUGACUUGGAAAUUGAAUAUAGGUCCUCUGGCUCCAGCAUCCACUAUGUCUAGCAUCCACUAUAAUACCCUCCAUAUGCCAGGGCAUAAGGGAGUUUCUAGAAUACUGUCUGGGAAAUAUUCUGAGUCUAUACAUGUUUUUUUGGUCUAGACUCUGCUAGGCAGGUUGUAGAUGCCUCUCUGUAGUAGAGCUCUGGGGACAGUGUGUCUAUGGGACCUCCUUAGCGCUGUAAUUUUUCCUUCUAGGAUAGGCUGCUGAGGUCUGAACCCUGUCCUUAUUGGGAGGUUUUGGGAUGAGGAACCCAUGUAUGAGGGACAUUCUGUGGAUUCUAGAGUCUAAGGCUCACAGAAGGCUCUAGGCUCCUGACCACUUUGUGACACAGCUGCCAUCCAAAGGGGAAAAUACGAUUUGGAAAUUAUUGGGGAUUUUAAAAAACAAAUUAUUAAGGAUAUAAAUUCUGUCAACUGUUUCCUAGCUGGGAAACUCAGGCUUUGGGGGAAUAACAGGAAUUUCUGGUUCUCAGCUGCUGCAGCCCUGCCCUGGGGCACCUGGGAAAUGACUCCUUUGGCUUCGGGACAGAACCCAGGGUCCUGUAGAUGUCUCCCAGGGCUUUCAGACCAAGGGAGUCCAACCUGGGGCAGCCUCAGGGUAUUCCUUGGGAGGGAAAAAGAAAUGCUCAGGCCCUGGGGUCAAGAUUGAGACAUCCUGUUCUCCCAAAGAACGCCCAGAAUCAGGAUGGUGUAUUCUCAGCCCAGCCUCUAAACUGGGACUGCAGGGAGAGAUGAGGGCAGGCCAGAUGACUAAAAUAUGAAUCGAACAUAGUGGGAGUGAGAA